AUGCUCGCAGCUGUGGCCCAAGGUUCCCUGUCUGGCCUCUUCCAACCAUCGCUGUCCCUUCAAGCUGAUCUAAAGGAAAUGUCUGGAAAAGUACUAUUAGAUGCAUUAUGUCUGCGUAGUCCACGUGGACUACGAAGUGGUGCUCACUGGACUGUGCUGAACGUGCCUCUAAUCCGCUAUGACAAACUUGGAUCGAAUUUCAAAGACCACCAAGCAUUGUUGGGAAGAGGAAGAACUUUGAGGCUUGAUCCGAAUGCGCCAUUGACCGAUUUGGACGUGGUUCUGCCGGGACCGCAAGAGGUACGAUUCUUCGCCAACACGAUGGCAUCUUCGAACUUCGGAAGGGUGGAGUUCUGUGAUGACAAGUCCAUCUUGACUGGAACCAUUGAUUUUGGUACUCCUUUUACCAAGAGGUUGGAUUCGGGUACUCCGCUAAAGCAAAAUCUCAAAACACGUCCUGGAGAUCCGGAGAAACAUGGACAACCACUUUACGAAGAUCGCUAUGAAAUAACGAUGUAUCGUUGUCUCAGAUGGAGGACUGCUCAGUGUAGGCAUAAAUAUCUGUUUGCGAUGUCCUUAGUGAUUGUCUUCUCUUUGUGUAAUAUUUUUUAUGGUUUGUCAAGUGGAUAUAAAACGGAAAUAAGUCACUAUCAGAGAGAAAUAGCAACUUUGCGAAGGCAUGCAUCACUUAUGCAUAGACGACUAGAAGACACUAAGAGAAAUGUUCGAAACGGUGUGUCAGCCAUCGCUCAUGUAUUAAAUGGAAAUUUCUCGGAUACGCUGCGACUACAGCUAAAGGGAGUCGAAAAUUUGCUGAGCAGUUUGGCAGCCCCAAGAUUCAAGCACCGACCUGAGACGUCUCAUCUGGAUUGCGGUCGUCUUUUUUCCGGCGACGUCAUAUACACUGCAGAAGUGGCUCACUCGCGGAUAGUUAUGAUCGAAAAUGAGGACCUUGAUAUGAGCUGCGAUGCCAUCCACUCACGCAUUUUCCUUCAGCCACGAGUGAUUUCAAGCAAUUAUGGCAUAGCAUUCGCCAGGAUUGUACACAGGGAUUAUGAGUUUCUAGAAGAACAGUUGUCUUUGUCGUAUACUGCGGAAAACCAUUACUGUUAUCACGUCGACAUAAAAUCGGAUCAUAUGUUUAAACAGCGCAUGCUGAGGCUGUCAGAAUGCCUACCAAACGUUUACUUAUCCGAAGAAGUUUUGGAUAUUAACGGAGCGAUGGGAACGAAUGUCAAUUUCGCGCAUCUGAGUUGUCUGAAACUCUUGGAAAAGAAGGGGCAGUGGACGUAUGCCAUACUGCAACAAACUCACGACGUAGUAAUUCACACUAACUCGGAGCUGAGAAUGAUUUUCCAAGCAUUGAACGGUUCCAAUGAUGUUCAAAUAACUCCAUGCGCUCCGCUUCAUUACGAUCAAUCCAUGAGUUGGGAUGCAGAGAGCUUAGGAGUAUUUCAAGGGUCUCAAUUCCGAAUCUCGCAGGAAUCAUCUAGGAUCCCUUUAUACAUCGCUAAAGGUGCCGUUCAGGUGUCGCUUUCUCGCGCCGCAGUAGUUUGGAUCACCAACGUCAAUCUUGGGACAUUCAUUCGUCAACUAAACAGCGGUAAAAGAGCUGUCGACGAAAUGCUCAUGAGCACGUUGCAAAUCGCGGAUGGAUGGGAAAUGCCCGGUCGAUUCACUGAUCACUGUCUGAAACAAGGAUAUUCGUACGAAGGGAUAACAAGAAUGGUACAAUGGAGUAACGACAAAGCUGAUUGUCUUUCUGGUUUUCUUCGUCAUCAGGUUUGUAUAUUAGGAAUCGAGAACUUGCCGUCAAUCUCAACAUUUCCCCACAUCCUCGCAAAUAAGAUGAUGCCCUCAUUCGAUUACGGUGCAAUCGCAUGUUUAUCUGAGCUUCUUUUCAAUCGGACUUAUCUUGGACAAAAUGACCAUCCUUUAAAUAUUUCCUUUUACGAAAAUCUUUCUGCAGUCCGAUUCCACAACGACCAGAGGAAACACGGGAUCAAGCCAGAUUGCCACAACCCGUAG